CUGGCACAGAGCAUGCGCACGCGCACGCGCCGCCGCGCUCGUUGAAAAAAAUAUAUCGUGGCCUUUCUUUCCACAUCUGAAACUAUAUCAGUUUCAGAUGUAGGAAGACGUGGCGGUUUGUCACAACCCAGACCCGCGCGGCCUGUAAAUGUUAAUGCGACCGGAGAGCGCCGGGAAUUGGUAUCUGGUCGCCCACGUUUUCUGUACAGUGACGAUUGUCAGGACCCAAAAUGGCGAUGUUGGCAGAACCUCGUAGAAAGCAGAAGUGGUCAGUGGAUCCAAGGAACAACAAUUGGAGCAAAGAUGAAUCGAAGUUUGGGCAGAAAAUGUUGGAAAAAAUGGGUUGGUCAAAAGGAAAAGGUCUUGGAGCUCAAGAGCAGGGGUCCACAGAGCACGUUAAAGUCCUGUUGAAGAGCAACAAGUUGGGCCUGGGAGCAGCUGUAAAUCAUGAGGACAACUGGAUUGCGCAUCAAGAUGACUUCAAUCAGCUUUUGUCUGAACUAAAUAGUUGCCAUGCACAAAAUGGCACACCAGUGGAUAAGGAGAAAGGUACAUUUAGCCUUGAAGAGAAAUCUAAAUCUUCCUCGAAACGAGUCCAUUACCAGAAGUUUACCAAAGGGAAAGACCUCUCUUCGCGCAGUGAGACUGAUCUUGCCUGCAUUUUUGGAAAAAGAUCCAAACGAGGCCGAGAAUCCCAAGAUAAAGAGCAGGUGGAGGACAGUGGCAAUGCGGAAACUCUUGGUGAUCCAAAGUCUAAUGAGCCAGAGGCUGAAUCAAACACUGUGACAAGUACUCUUUCAAUGCAGGAGUACUUUGCCCAAAAGAUGAUUGAACUCAAGAAAUCUAAAGUAGUGAAGGAACCUCAUCAAACCAAUGUGGACAAUAUACCUCAAAAUGAAAGAGAUUUGGCUGAGUAUAAAGCAAAAUCCAAAAAGAAGAAAAAGCGCAACAAAAAAGAAACUGAAGAAACCUAUGCCUGUGAUCAAUUGUCGAUAAAACAAGCCAAAAAUACAGAAGUAGAGAUGAGUUUAAAUGGCAUUGGGGAAAUGGAAAUCUCCUCAGUUAAGGAAAAUCAUCAGAUUAAGAAGAAAUCAAAGAAACAAAGGAAAGUGAAAAACAGUGAUUCAGUGGGUCUUGAUCACAAUGUUUGCACUUUGGAUGAGGCUGAUUUAGUGGAGACCCAAGAUCAAUGCACAGCAGCAGUAAACAAUUCAACGGCAAAGCACAAUAAGACCAAAAAGAAUAAGAAAAAGGAAACAUCUGUGGAAGAUAAGGAGGACGUUCAAUCCAGCCAUAUCUUGACACAAAGGAAAAGGAAAAAAGGAAAUAAAAAGCAAAAAGAGUUAGAGGUUCAGUAAACCUCUUUAAUUUUUUUUUACCGGAAAGCGUUGAAUGAAUACUUAAACAUAUUCAAAAACCUAUUUGAAAUUAAGAUGAUGAAAAAACAAAUGGAUUAACACAAUUUAUUUGUUUGCCCACUAAAUCAAACUGUAUUCGUUCUACAAAAUAAAAUGUUUGAGAAACAUUUGAAGUUGUGGUGAAUGUCCUGAAGUAAGUGCAGUUAGUUCAUUUUUAGAGCAAGGAAUAGUUAGUAUAUGAGGUAAUUUUAUGAAUCUUUUCUUUGAAAUUCAUAUGUGAACUAAAGGGCUGACAUUGAUAUUUUCAUUAACUGGGGGUGAUGAAAUACAAAUAAACAGGCCUGACACAUGGAGAAAAUGCACCUAUAGACAAGCUGUCUGUGUUUAAUGCUGUUCUGACCAUUCCCACUCCUUAACGCAAGUCAAAAAUACUAAAACAAAAGGGCAGAGAAAUGGACAAUUGCACACUUUAAAGGCCGAAGAGGGGAAUUCCUGCAACAUUCAGUUCAUGGAAAGGUGAAUAUAUGACUCUUCCAGUCAGACCUUGAGCUAGUGAGAAUAACAAAGAUUAUGAGUUGUGACCAACAGGUGAGUGGUCUACAGUAGAGCGUCUUUUUACACAGAGAGCACGGAUGUUGCAUUAAAGUGGGGAGAGGGAGGUUUGAAAGAGUUAAGGGAAAUAGAUGCUCAAAAAAUUGUCUUCGGAAGUAGGACUGCGAUAGUCAGCUAAAUAAAGAGCACACUGGGAGCCCCAGAGGCUGGCAUUGAGGUGAGCUUUACCCUGGUAGUUGUCAAGUUCUUUCUCUGAAAAUUCCUCACUCAACUCAUGGCAAGCGUCUCCACCUUAAAUCAUUUUCUUCCAUCGUCGACCCCAUUUGUUUUUUUGACUCAAUAAAAUAAGCUCGUCCCAGACAAUGUAAAUAAAUUAAAACCCAAACUUUGACUAUUCAAUUGACCUGAGGUGUGAAUCCCAAGGUGCAAGAGCCACAGGUGUGAAGCCUUGAGAAAGUUUAUCAUGAUCGCAAACUAGCUGACUCAUUGUGCUCAGAUUAAAGUUGCCAAAUGCAGAGCAUUAUUUUGGUUCAGUCUCAUCAGACGAGAACAUGUGCUGGGGACAUUUGACGUGUAAAUAUGUGCCACUGAACCUGAAUCAUGCUCAGUCAUGACAACUAACGUUUUAGUAGUGUUCAUAGGCAUGUACAAUGUCUGGUGUGGUUUGAUUGGUUGAACAGCAGACUUGGGUCUAGAGAGUUGAAACUCGGAUCCAUAAUGUUUGAGAAUGAUAAAAUAUGAAUCUUUUUU